AUGCCAUUUAGUCAGCGAAAAGGCUUUAGGAAGAGGGCAGGGCCUCGUGCAAGUGGUGUUAACACUCACAACGGCCCCAAUGUCCAACCGAUUGGAACGGGGCGUAACAGCAGUCGAAACGGGAGUUUUGGUCGCCGGGAGGAACCAGAACCUAAACGUCAGCACACGGGGCCUUCCAGAUACAGUGGAUCUAGAUUUCAGGACUCUCCAGCUGCACGAAGCAACCCUGGGCCCAAGAGCCACCACGUCAACGGAUUGCAACUUCCCACGGGACCUAAGCUCAUGAAACCAGUGCAACCAAGCAAAUCGCGCUACGACCCGGGAAACGGCGCACCCAAGCCCAAAAUAGCCCCCAUAUCCGUGAUCGUGCGUGAACAGGAGUCGUCCGUGUACGAACGCAUUCAGCAGGUGGGCGAAGGCACUUACGGGAAAGUUUACAAGGCUAAAAACACUGUUACAGGUCAGCUGGUGGCGUUGAAAAGACUUAGACUCGAGGGCGAGCGCGAGGGCUUUCCAAUAACCUCGAUUCGGGAAAUCAAACUGUUGCAGAGUUUCGACCACCACAACAUAAGCACGCUCUCUGAGAUCAUGGUAGAAUCGCAGAAAACCGUGUACAUGAUUUUCGAGUACGCGGACAACGAUCUUUCUGGACUACUCAUGAACGAGCAGAUCAAGUUUUCCAGCGCCAACUGCAAACAUAUCUUCAAAAGCCUGCUGGAAGGAAUCCAGUAUCUACACCAGAACAACAUUCUACAUCGCGAUAUCAAGGGCUCCAACAUACUUAUAAACAACAAGGGCCAGUUAAAGAUCACAGAUUUCGGCCUAGCACGGAAAAUGCGCGACGACUCGGACUACACUAAUCGCGUCAUCACUCUGUGGUAUCGCCCGCCAGAGCUUCUGAUGGGGUCUACCAACUACGGCACCGCAGUAGACAUGUGGGGGUGCGGGUGUCUGCUUGUCGAGCUCUUUCAACAGACAGCCAUUUUUCAGGGCACCAACGAGGUCGAGCAGCUCAACGCCAUUUUUGCCGUUAUGGGCACGCCGAGUCUUGAGCAAUGGCCCACACUCUUCGACAUGCCGUGGUUUUUUAUGAUGAUACCGCAACAGGCCCGCAAACAUCCUUCGCGUUUCGACGAGCUGUAUCAAAACGUACUGCCCUCGUCUGCAGCAGUCGACCUGGCAAAAGGUCUGCUUCUGUAUGACGAGUCCAGACGUUUGACGGCCCGCGACGCAUUAAACCACCAAUUUUUCCGCGAGGAGCCUCAACCACAACCGCUGGAUCUCACGGGCUUCGACGGCUGGCACGAGUUCGAGGCCAAACGGCAUCGACGUAAGGAAAGAGAGGAGCAGAAGCGGCGCGACCGUUCCGAGCCAACGCCUCUGUGA